AUGUUCCUAUUUUUUCUUCUCUUCAUUCUCAUUCUUCACACAUCCUCCACUACCAGCUCCACCAUCAUUCUCCAAGGUAACAACACUCUCCAAAGCCCCAACAACACUUUCCAACUUGGCUUCUUCAAUUUCUUCCCAGGCCCGGGCCCACCCAAAUUCUACCUCGCCAUCCGCCGCACUUCCCUCCCCAACCCCAACACCAUCUGGGUCGCCAACCGCCUCAAGCCCUCACCUUCCCAAACUGGUUCAUCACUCCAACUAACCCGAACCGGUCAAUUACUCUUAACCCAUUUCAACACCACUAUCUGGACCGCCACCACCAACAGCACCACCACAAACCUCUCCCUCAAGCUUCUCGAAUCCGGGAACCUCGUUCUCCUCACUCCCAACGGCGUCGUUUCAUGGCAGAGCUUCGAUUCCCCCUCCGACACGUGGCUCCCCGGCAUGAACCUCACGCGGUUCAACUCCCUCACAUCAUGGCGCACCGAGACGGACCCUUCCCCGGGGCCUUACUCCCUGCGGUUGAAGCCACCCUUCUACGGCGAGUUCGAGCUCGUCUUCAACGACACUGUUUCGUACUGGUCCACCGGGAACUGGACCAACGGGAUAUUCCUCAAUGUCCCCGAGAUGACCGUUCCCUACCUCUACGCUUUCCACUUCGCCGCGCCGUUCUCCCCCGACGCGACAUUUGGCUUCUCCGAACGCGCCUCCGAGACCGGGCUCCACCUGCCUACGAUGUUUCGCGUCGAGCCCUUCGGGCAGGUCAGGCAGUACACGUGGAACAGCCAGACGGGGUCGUGGAACAAUUUUUGGUUCAAGCCAGAUAGUGUGUGCCAGGUUCGGGGACUCUGCGGGAGGUUUGGAGUUUGCACUGGGGAAAUAUCCAAAUCGUGUGAGUGUCUUAGUGGGUUUGAGCCUUUGGAUGGUCAUGGAUGGGGUUCUGGUGAUUACUCUCGAGGUUGUCAUCGUGGGGAUGCGGGGUGUGAUGGGGAUGAUGAGUUUGAAGAUCUGGGUGCUGUGAGCUUUGGAUUUGGGAAUGUGAGUCUAGUUAAAGGGAAAUCUAGAAGCUUUUGCGAGCGCGAGUGUUUGGGUGAUUGUGGGUGCGUUGGGUUGAGUUUCGACAAGCAGAGUGGGUUGUGUAAGAAUUUUUAUGGGUCGCUUUUGGAUUUUCAGAAUUUAACCAGCGAUGGUGAGAGUGGGGUUUUGUAUGUUAGGGUUCCGAGAGGAGGAUCUAAGGGGAACGGGUUUGAUAGGAAGGUUUUGAGUGGGGUUGUUAUUGGAUCGGUUGCGGUUUUGGGACUGGUGGUGGUGACGUUGUUGGUGAUGGUGAAGAGGAGGGGUGGGAGAAAGGGGUUGGAGGAGGAGGAUGGGUUUGUGCCUGUGUUGAAUUUGCGGGUGUUUUCUUACAAACAGCUUCAGUUGGCGACUCGUGGGUUUUCGGAGAAGAUUGGCCAUGGAGGGUUUGGGACUGUGUUUCAGGGGGAGUUGAGUGAUGCUUCAAUUGUGGCUGUGAAGAGGUUGGAGAGGCCGGGGGGUGGGGAGAAGGAGUUCAGGGCUGAGGUCUCAACUAUUGGGAAUAUUCAGCAUGUGAAUCUUGUGAGGCUCAGAGGGUUUUGCUCUGAGAAUUCUCACAGGCUUUUGGUUUAUGAGUAUAUGCAGAAUGGUGCUCUUAGUGUUUAUUUGAGGAAGGAAGGGCCUAGUCUGAGUUGGGAUGUUAGGUUUAGGGUGGCUGUUGGCACUGCUAAGGGGAUUGCUUAUUUACAUGAGGAGUGUAGGUGUUGCAUCAUACACUGUGAUAUCAAGCCUGAGAACAUUCUUUUGGAUGGUGAUUUCACUGCCAAGGUUUCUGAUUUUGGGUUAGCAAAGCUCAUUGGAAGGGACUUCAGUAGGGUGUUGGCGACUAUGAGGGGGACAUGGGGGUAUGUUGCGCCAGAGUGGAUUUCUGGUGUGGCAAUUACAACCAAGGCAGAUGUUUACAGCUAUGGAAUGACAUUGCUGGAGCUGAUUGGCGGUCGAAGGAAUGUGGAAGCACCGCCUUCUGCCGGUGGAGUUGGAGAGAGUGGUGGUGAGACUGGAGGGAAGUGGUUCUUCCCACCGUGGGCAGCACAGCGGAUAAUAGAAGGGAAUGUGGAUGAAGUGAUUGAUAAGAGGCUUGGUAAUGUGUAUAACAUUGAGGAGGCUAGGAGGGUUGCUUUGGUGGCCGUAUGGUGCAUUCAAGAUGAUGAGGGUAUUAGACCUACAAUGGGUAUGGUGGUGAAGAUGUUGGAGGGGUGGGUUGAGGUGAGUGUUCCUCCACCUCCCAAGUUGCUUCAAGCGCUGGUUACAGGGGAUUCCUUUCAUGGGGUCAAGGCUGAUUCAGGCACUGGUGUGUCUACCGGUGGAAGCUUAUCUGAUGGCAACUUGGAAGUGUCAACUGCUGAUUCUGAAUCAUAUACAGGGCACGUUUUUUCUCCAUUGGAUGUGAAUGUUAAUGUCAGUGUUAGAUAA